AGGCAUGUGCGAGGACAGCUGCCGAGGGCCGUCCCAGAGGCCCCCGCGCCGCCGGGGUCCUAACAGGCAACACCGUCUUCCGCCGCACGUGUCUGCAGAACGAUGCCCAAAUCCAAGCGCGACAAGAAAGUUUCCUUAACCAAAACUGCUAAGAAAGGCUUGGAAUUGAAACAGAACCUGAUAGAAGAGCUUCGGAAAUGUGUGGACACAUACAAGUACCUUUUCAUCUUCUCCGUGGCCAACAUGAGGAACAGCAAGCUGAAGGACAUCCGGGACGCCUGGAAGCACAGCCGGAUGUUCUUUGGCAAAAACAAAGUGAUGAUGGUGGCCUUAGGUCGAAGCCCAUCUGAUGAGUACAAAGACAACCUACAUCAGGUCAGCAAGAAGUUGAGGGGCGAAGUUGGUCUCCUUUUCACCAACCGCACUAAAGAGGAAGUGAAUGAGUGGUUCACAAAAUACACAGAAAAGGACUACGCCCGAGCUGGAAACAAAGCAACUUUCACCGUGAACCUGGACCCGGGGCCCCUGGAGCAGUUCCCCCACUCCAUGGAGCCACAGCUGAGGCAGCUGGGCCUGCCCACUGCCCUCAAAAGAGGUGUGGUGACCCUGCUGUCCGACUAUGAGGUGUGCAAGGAGGGGGACGUGCUGACCCCAGAGCAGGCCCGCGUCCUGAAGCUUUUCGGAUUUGAGAUGGCUGAGUUCAGGGUGACCAUCAAAUACAUGUGGGAUGCACAGUCCGGAAGGUUCCAACAGAUGGGCGACGACUUGCCGGAGAGCGCGCCCGAGUCAGAAGACGAGUCGGCAGAAGCAUCAGGGGAAGACGACUGCUGAUGGGCAUGCGGACUGAGGCCCUCCCGGCCCAUCCAGGUGUCCUCGUGGCCACUGGACUGUCACCACCCCUCCUGGGGGAGCAGCUGUGUGUUUGGAUGAAGACAAGGGAGGGCGAUCGGGACAGACUGUUUUCCUGCAGAGAAUAAAACUGUCUGUAGGGUGUCCCCUGUAGACUGCAAAAGGAACUUUUCUCAGGAAAAAGGCCUCUGGGUUUGGGCUUUCUUUUGGAUUCCUAGGGUUCUGUGUGUUCCCCUUGCGAGUCGGCUUCCAGCACUGGUUCCCGUGUGACCGCUGGGGACAGGAGAGCGGCCGCCACGCUCCUCUCCCCCAGCCCCCAGUGCCCUUCUUUGAAACGGGGGUUUGCUGAGAAGAACGGGCACCCCGGCUGCCCUUCCCACCCCA